UUCGCGGCUCGCACGGUCGGUAGUGCAGAAGACCAACACAUUGGUAAUACUUGCACAGUAAAUGAUCGCCGAAUUCCAGAAAGGAAGUGCUAAAUAAUGAAAGUGGUUUUAUUUUAAUAAAUAAAUUAAAAAAACACAAUAACUUUAAUUUCAGCCGCUGAUUACCGCAAAAAAAACAGAGCAAGGAAACAAAUUAUGUUUAAAAGUAUUUUGUGAUAAAUAAAUUGGUAGUUAAAGGAUUUCAAAAAAUCGAAGCUCUACUACAUUAGAAAAGAAAUAUUAAACAAUCGAAAGCAAUUGACCAUGGCUCGGAAAAAACAAAUGCUUACGUUCGUGCUUAUGCUUAGCUUCCUUUUAAGCACUUGCGCGACGAAAAAUAUCGGCGUUGGUUCGCCUUUGGAUUGGUCGUCUGAAAAAUUGCAUGAUGUAGAGUACACAGACAAUGUAUUUGGCAAACAUCCUUUCGAGGACGAAGGUGCAGUGUUGACACCAAACGAACGACAAUUAUUCGCCUACAGUCUGAACAAAGUUGGAGGACCCCAGUGUCGAGAGGAUUUAAAUACUACGCUGUGGGGCAUUCUGCGGGGCCAACAAUGGGCUAUUGCCUUGAAAAGCAUUGGUGAUGCAGCAGUGGUGGUGGUGUCGCAUUGGGGCGCAUGCGUGCCAGCGUCUUGUGAGCCCACCGAUGUCGCUCUGUUUUUGCAGAACUACUUGCAACGCCCGGUGUUGAGCGUCAACGAAACGGCCUGUCAGCUGAGCAACGUUGGAUCCGGCAGGGCGUUGCACGUCGAUGGUGGAAUGUUUGCUUAUGCUGUUGUGCUAUUUCUGUUUAUUUUGCUGGCCACAUUGAGCACCGCCUAUCAUUGCUACUUGAUUUAUGCGUCGAGAAGUGCCGAUGAUGUCUCGAAACGCGCAUUGCAACAAGAAACAUUGACAAUCGCAUUGUUGUCGUUCUCAGUUAUAGAGAAUACGAAGAAACUGUUUCAGGCGAGUAAAGACCAGAUGGGGCUAAACUCGAUAAACGGCAUCAAAGCAAUGGCAAUGUUGUUGAUACUUGCCGGGCAUGCGCUGUCGUUUAUCUAUGGCAGUCCCACUUAUAAUGUGGCGUUCGUAGCAGAGCAAACGAAAUUCCCCACAUUUGCAUUCCUCUACAAUUCGCUAUUAUUUGUGGAUACGUUUCUGUUGUUGAGUGGUUUCCUGUUCUGUCGCAUUAUGCUGGUCGAACUGCAUCGUCGUCGUGGUCAAAUAAACCCGUUGAUUUUGUACAUUGGCCGCUACAUUCGCCUGACACCGGCCUAUAUGGCAAUUAUCGGCUUCUACAUGACCUGGUUCCCGAGCAUCGGCAGCGGUCCGUUAUGGCCAGAGCGCAUCAGACGUGAACAGGAGCGCUGUCAGGCGUCAUGGUGGCUUAAUAUACUCUAUGUAAAUAAUUAUUUCAACACGGAUAAGUUUGUAAGUACAUACUUCUAUUACGCACAUACACUUGUGCUCAUAUAA